CGAGGCAUAUUGUAGAAACAAAAAAUAAUAAAACCUGCACAGAAAUAAGUAUCGUCAUUUACUAAAUAGGAUUUAAAUUGUUUAUUGUAAACUCAGUGCUUCUUAGAUAAAUACAUUUCUUAUUAGUAAUUAAUAGUUCUUUCUUGCGGACUGUAUUACCUUUUUAAUUAUAAGUAAUAGCUGAAUAUCUAAUGGAGAAUGAAGGAUCCAGAGACAGUGGACCCAUGGAAAUUGAAAGUGAUGGUGAAGGUCAACAGGAAUUUGUUAGGUCAGAAGCAUCACAAUCUGAUGCUGAAAUGGAAGAACAAGAACCUGAAGAAAGAGAAGCCAACAGUGAUGGAGGAUCAAAUGGUCAUCUAUCUCCUGUAGCAAGUGAUGAGGAAGAGUUACAAAGAAGUGACCCAGAAGAAGGAGAGGUGAGAAGUGAGCAAGAUCAGUCAGAAGAAGAAGGAGAGGUAGUGGAGAAAGAUUCAGAUGAUGAAGAACAAGAGGAGAGAGAAUCAGAUGAUGACAAAGACGAAAAAGCAAAGAGUGAUUCAGAUGGAGAGAAUGUUGAAAGUGAUACUGAAGCACAGGAGAGAGGAGUUGAUGAAGAACAGGAAGAAAGAAAUCAAAAUUAUGAAAGUGAUGCUGAAGUGGAAAGAGAAAAUGUGGCAGAAUGUAGUGAUGAUGAAGUAGAAAGAGAGAACUUAGUAGAAGAUAGUGAUGAAGAAGUAGAGAGAGAAAAUGUAGUAGAUGGUAGUGAUGAGGAAGUGGAAAGAGAAGACAUAGCAGAAGGCAGCGAUGAAGACGUAGAAAGGAAUAAUAUUGCAGAAGGAACUGAUGAUGAAGAAGAAAAAGGAAAUGUAGCAGAAGUUAGUGAUGAAGAAGUGGAAAGAGAGAAUGUAGCAGAAAAUAGUGAUGAAGAAGUAGAAAGAGAAAAUGUAAUAGAAGGUAGUGAUGAAGAAGUAGAAAGAGAGAAUGUAGUAGAAGGUAGUGAUGAAGAAGUAGAAAAAGAGAAUGUAGUAGAAAAUAGUGAUGAAGAAGUAGAAAGAGAAAAUAUAGCAGAAGGUAGUGAUGAAGAAGUAGAAAGAGAAAAUAUAGAAGGUAGUGAUGAGGAGGCAGAAAGAGUAGCAGAAGGUAGUGAUGAAGAAGAAGAAAUUGAAAAGGAUAAUGUAGCAGAUGGAAGUGAUGUGGAAAUGGAGAAUGAAGCAGAAAGAAGUGAUGUUGAAGAACAGCAACAAGCAGACAGUGAAAAUGAAGCUGAUAGAAAUGAAUCUGACAAAGAAGAAUUUGCUGAUGUAGAAGGAGAAAAACAAGACAGUGGUGGUGAAGAUAGCAUUGCUCAAGCUAGUGAUGAGGAUCAAGCCCAAGACGAUGAAGUUAACCAAGGAGUGGAAGAGGAAAGUGUACAUGAAGGAAAUGAAGUUAGUGACCAUGAUGAAAGAAAUGUAGCAAAUGACAGUGAUGAUGAAAAUAAUCAGUCAGCUGCACUAAGUGAUAAUGAAAAGAGGAACAAAGAAGUUCGCAAACAUUCUGCAGCUUCUGAUUCAGAAACAGAAGAAGGAAAUGAGAGAAAAGAAGACCUUGAAGAAGAAGAUAGGAAAUCUGGUGCCUCAAGUCCAUCAUUAUCAACUGCAAGAAAUAAAGCAGACUCUGAUGAUGAUGGAGAUGAAGAGACUGAGAUCAGUCCUAAAAAGAAAGGUAAAAAAAGACAGAGGCUUAAAAGUGACAGUGACAGUGAGAAAAGUGACAAUGAAUCAAAUGUGGGAGAACUGAUUGCUGAUAUUUUUGGAGAAAGUGAUGAAGAUGAAGAAUUUGAAGGAUUUGGUGAAGAAGAUGUGCAAGCAGCAAAGGAAAAGAAAGAAAAGAAAAAAGUUGUUUCAGGUAGUGAAUCAGAAAAAGAAGAAAAAGAUGACCAGAGAGACAAGUCUGAAAAAAACGAUGAUGAAAAACUAGUCCAUGAAGAAGAACAAAAAAAAGAAGAAAAGAGUGUACAUGAUAGUUCAGACAGUGAUGAAGAUGAUGUAAAUAGAAAACAUUCGAGGGAAGAUUUUGUAUCUGACUUUGAAUUAAUGAUGCAGAAGAAAAAAGAGAGUCAACGUAGACGAAAGAGGAAGGAUACUGACAUCAUCAAUGAUAAUGAUGAUCUAAUAGCAGAACUUAUUAAUCAUAUGAAGACAGCUGCUCAAGAAGACAGGAAUCUAAACAAGAAUCAUAUGGCUGCUACUAAGAAGCUAAAGCUUCUUCCAGUAGUGGUUUCCCAGCUGAAGAAACAGGAUUUGAAGACCUCUUUCCUAGAUCAAGGUGUCCUGAAUGCUAUGGCUGAGUGGCUAGCACCACUUCCAGAUAAGAGUAUGCCUCAUCUCCAGAUUAGAGAAAACUUUCUCAAGUUGCUUUCAGAGUUUCCACCCCUUGAUCCAUCCUCUUUGAAAUUCAGUGGAAUAGGUCGGUCUGUCAUGUUUGUUUACAAACAUCCAAAAGAAACUAAAGAAAACAGAGAACGGGCUGGUCGUUUGAUUAGUGAAUGGGCAAGGCCUAUUUUCAAUGUUAAUGCCAAUUUUCGUUCCAUGUCCAAAGAAGAGAGAGAACAAAGAGAUUUCGAACAUAUGCCAAAGAAAAGGAAAAUGAGGCUUGAGACUGGAGAUCAGUUACAAGAAAAAGAUAUUGACAGAGCUCUCAGUGGAGAAGAAAAGUCCCUACGACCUGGAGAGAAAGGAUGGGUUUCUAGAGCUAGGGUACCGAUGCCCUCUAACAAAGACUAUGUUGUGAGACCAAAAUGGAAUGUUGAAACAGAAAUGAGUAGAAAUAUGAAGAAACCACCAACCAAGAUAGACAAACAUUUAAGAAUGUUUAAAGAUAAGAAGAGAAUGAGCAAAAUGCAACGAGCAAUUAGCAUUAGCAUAGAGGGUCGAAAAAUGGCUCUUUAAUAAAAAUCUAACGGACAGUUAGCAUCAGUAGAAAAUGGGGAAAGAUGGCUAUUUGACAAAAAUUUAAUAGACAGUUUACAAUUAUGGAAGAUGGGGAGAGAAGGCUUCUUGACAAAGUUCUUAUUUGUUGAAUAUUUUUCUUUAGUGCAAAAAAAAAGAAGACAAACCUCACAACGUAAUUUGAUUUUCUUUUAUAACAUACUACUGGUUGGUCCUACUUUUUAUUUUCUGCAAGAUUUAUCAAAAUUUAGUAUAAACAAUUUUACUUCCAUCAAGUGCUUCAUUCUUAAAAAACAAAGAUAAACUGAUAUAUUUAACACUAUAGACUAAUUUAUGUUUCAAAAAAAUAAUAGCUAUCUUUCCAACUUUUUGUUAGAAUUUCUCUUGCAGACAGUUAUUAAAGUAUACUUGUACAGUUAAAAUUUGUGCAUGUUAAAUGUAAAAACUGAUGUGAAAACCAAGAAUAAACUAUUUUUUACCUAUCAA